CACUCCUGUGGACAGACUGAUCAUUAGACUGAACAAAUGCUGAGAAAAGUCUGACUGCAGCCAAACUACAGCUUAUUGGAAAAGCUUGAAAAACAAGGAGGCAUCUGUAGAAUUUAAGUGUUUUUGGAUCACUUUGUAGUAAUUCCUGAUUUUUCUCUUGCUUCAACUAAAAUGGAUUCUGAUGCUGGCUCCACCUGCAGCCGUUCUUCAUCCCCAGACCUGGUAGUGGAUGACUCCACUGGGAGCUUCUUCUCCAACAAGAUGUUCCAGAGAUACUGCCAGGAGAGCAGAGGAGACAGCGAGGCCGGCCAAGGUGGGAUGGAACGCUGCAGCCAGGGAGGAAAGACCAAAACCAGGUCUGAGCUCAGCAAAGAAGAGAUGCAAGACUUGAGGCUGAAAGUUAACAGUCGGGAGAGGAAAAGGAUGCAUGACCUAAACCAGGCGAUGGACGGCCUGAGGGAGGUGAUGCCGUAUGCUCACGGACCUUCAGUCCGCAAGCUGUCAAAGAUCUCCACUUUGCUGUUGGCUCGAAACUACAUCCUCAUGCUGUCCAGCUCUUUGGAAGAGAUGAAGAAACUUGUUGGGGAUGUUUAUGGAGGCAGUGCUGCUGUCCAGAGCCGCACCGCUCCCCAUCCCACAAUUCCUCCAGCAGCCACAGCUGCCCAUCUCCCACUGCAUCCUCUGGCCCAGUCCCUGCACUCUCUGGUGGGCAGCACACCUUCAUCUCUCCAGCAUCACUCCUCUUCUCCUUCCUCAGCCCCAGCUCCACACUCCCCUCCAUCAGCCAGCUUUCUGGGUUUUCACGCUCCGGUCCAGGGCCUUCUGAAGGACCCCCUCCACCUGGCCAGCUCCUACAGGCACUUCCCUGGCAUGCCCUGCCCCUGCUCCCUCUGUCAGCCUCUGCCCACCACCACCUCCACAAUACACAGUCUGUCUAUGAACAAGUGAGCAGGACUCUCUGAAAACUAUCUACUGCUGUUUGGAUUGGUGCAAUGAACCAAACAGCUCACAGGAAAUUGAUGAAAGACUGAUAAAGGGAUGGCUGGUGCCAGACUUUGUACAUACUGUAGAUAUUUUGUGCGAUACAAACUGCUGCUAUUUUUUAUCAAUUGUCUUUUCUGCACUGUUUAUACAGAAAUAUUCUAAAUGGACCGGGGAUUUUAUCAGAGGAGCAAAGUCUGUAAUUUAUCUGAUAUCUGUGAUGAUGAAACACUGUUGAAAUGGACCUGGUGUGUCCUAUUGUGCAGAAUUUAUAUUUUCCUAAAUUAAAAUUCAUUUUUAA